AGAAAGCAUUUGUUUCAUACAAGAACUUUAAACCGAGUCUGUGCGUCUGAAACCCUUGUAAUGGCGAGCUCUGUUAUCCUGUUUGCCUUUUCACUGAAAAUUGAGCUGCUAAUGCGCUGCGUAAAGUAAGGCAACACUAACACUGAAACCACUAAUCAAUGGGUUGUGCAUCAUCUUCUAAACCCAAAUCGGUGUUGAACGUAAGUCAGUCAUUUCUUCUUUGUUUAAAUAUUACUUUUCAAUAAUUCCCAAGAUUUUUUUUCAGUGGCUGUGUUAUGAUGAAACCUUUAAAAAUUACAUUUGGUCGCUUCUAGGCUAACUUCACUUAAAAAACAAAUUUAAGACCUUCCUUAUGAACUGUUACACUCGAUGAACUGCAAAAGGUGAGCCGGCCGUCUGCACAGUAUUCCAGAAUAAGAAUAAAUAGAAUAAACCCUAAAAAUCACUUAUUUUGGCUUUCACUUCAUUGCUAUAUCACGAAAUCUGCUUGAAAUAAAAUACUUCGAAGUACGUAGCAUUUAAAUCACCGUAUAAAAGAUUUUCAAUAUAACUUUUGCAUGUUCUUAUCCCGGCGAAAUGGCAUCAAUCAAAUGCACUCGCUGAUUAUUUCAGCGUGUUGGCAUCUGGGCCCAUUCGUCCACUUCAGUUUCGUCUUUAUACUGAAGAACUACAACUAAAGAAAGGGCAGCACUUUAUAGCUAGAAAAAAUAUGAUAUAAUGUCUCUGCUAGUGGCGGAAAUGGAGUGAAUUUGGCGGAUGUUUGUUCUGUCAGUGGCACGCUGAGCUACGCUACGUGUCAUGUCGUGGCAGUCAAUCAGUGUGACAAUAUAUUACCACUCCUUAACUAGCCUUUUUCGCUACUUCUAUAAGCCGCUCACAUCAGUCCACAGGUUUUAUAUUUGAAGGCGCUCUUUAAUGUACCACACUCUACUUUUUCUAAAAAUCCACAUUACAAUUUUAUUUGCUAUGGUCACUGGUGCGACACUUAUUUUGAUUUUUUUUUUCCUGUGAAUGUUUUACUUUAGUCAGUUUUUAAUAGCCAUCCGUACUUUGUUUGCAUCAAUUUUUUCUCUGGUAAUUGAGAAUUGGAAACAAGGGGGGAAAUUUCGUGUAUAGAGGAACACAGUGACGGGCUCCAGCUGCAUAUUUUUUAACAAUCUGAGUGUGUUCUUAAAAUUACCUAAAUAAUAGAUUUGAGAACCUCACGACUUUUCCAUCGCAUCUUUAUCAUUAUCUUUAUCAGUUAUGAGGGUAAAUGAACUCAUUUAUGUAUUCACCUAAUCAAUCCAUUGCAAUAAUUACUUAUUCAAAAAAUAAGAGAAAUAAUUUUAUGUAUUAAAAGAUGAUUCAUUUAUCGCAGAAAUCAAUGAAACAAGAACUAUUCCAAUUCUGGUUUCUGUCUCAUGAUUUUGUUGUCUCUACAGGGUGGUUUGAGCCCGACAAGAACGAAAAAUCCUAACAUGGACAAAGAAGCUGGUAGACUGCACGACGCAGUUAAGGGACUGGGCACUGAUGAAACGUGUAUUGUUCGAAUACUGGCUAAGUGUACUAACAAGGGAAGGAAGAGACUGUUGAAGGCUUACAAAGAUCGUUUUAACGAGGUAAGCAAAACCACGUAUACGAAAUGUUACCCUAGUGACCCUACCCUAGUUUUGUUACCCUAGUGAAUAUAAAUAUUGAUACAUCAAAGGUAGCCAGCAUAUCUUGAAAGUAAUGGGCGCAAGAAAGAACGGGGCGGGCAACGGCUGCGUCACUCCCUUAGUGUGCGGCCCCGUUCUUUCUUGCACACACAAUUUUCAAGCGCCUGCUACGCAGGCUACUGCAGGGAUGCAUCGAAUGAUUUUAAUCAUAGUGAAAACGAUGAUUUAGAACCUGAUCGCCAUCACCAUUUUUGCAGGCAAAUGGUACUUUUGGCUAAAAAGCGUUGGUUUAAAAGCAUCGUUGAUCAAAAGGAAUCACAGAAUAAGUUUAGCAUUUCAAAAUUCUGUUCUCUUUUAUUUCUGUUUUUUGUUGUUAUUGCUUUGCUACCAUGUACAAAUUAAACUACUUCUUCUUUUUUUUAAUAACAUUUAUUUGAUUACAAUUAUGACAAUACUUACAUUUAUAUGGAGGGGAAAUAGAAACAACUUACCGUAAAUCCUCUAUUAAGCCCCCCGGAGGGCUUAUUAACUUUCCUCCUCUGAAAAGGGGGGGCUUAUUAGAGAGGGGGGCUUAAUAGAGGAUUUACAGUACAUUAACAUGACAAGAGAAAAGGGCAAAAUACGAUGUUACAGCAGUGUCCUGUUCUAUCUGCGGGGAAUCUAAUGAGGACCCUUGCCCACUUGUUCUGGUACUGCAGGUACACUCAAAAAUUCUGGAAUUUUUGAAAGACAUUUAUCAAUGGAUGACUCAAAACACUACCUUAAGUGCUUCUUACUUAACGUGUCAUCUCUGUAUGUGUACAGGAUUUCACAAACGUGAUUGAAUCAGAGCUGAGUGGAGUGACUGAACAAGUGGUAUCGGCCUUACUGUGCUCGCCAGUCACUUAUGAUGUCCAGUCAUUAAAUAAAGCAUUUCAAGACCAAGAUUACGACACCGUUGAGACCAUAAUGCUAUCAAGUAGAAGUGAAAUCUUAGUGGAUAUUGAGGAAGAGUAUUUAACAGGUAAGAGGCCUGCAGGGCCAAUGAAAAGGGUGCACUCCUGCCUGCAGCCGAUUACUGUAAAUUUUCGAAACACUUCAGUUUUUUGAGAGUUAUUCUAUUGAAAUUUUCAGCGUACAAUAAAAAGGUACAGGAUGAACUGCUUAAGAUGCCUAAUAAAGACGUCCAGGACAUUCUAGGUUCCUUACUGAACACCGAUCGACCAUUCAUCAACAAAAGAGCGGACAAAAUGGCUGCAAAGGAAAGAGCAACACAGCUUCAUAAAGACCAUGAUCUCCUUUCUCUUCUAUGCGAACCUCUUUCAAGAAAUCAGUUGAGAGAAACCUUAGAUGCAUUUCAAGAACUCUACCGAGUCAGCUUGGACCAAUUUAUCGAAGACAAUUAUCGCACGCUAUCACAACGUGCGCAAAGCAUCUUGAAAGAUUGUGGUAAGUUGAGAUAACCGCAUACUGUAUGCUGAAUUGUAUUUGUUCCUUUUUCCGUUUUAGGGUGCGUAGGAUUAACAACGUAAAGAUACUCCAAGUAUUAAUAAAAACACUUUCCCGCUGAAACGCUAAAUCCAAGUAAAUAUCAUUUGGCGCGUAGAGCAAGAUGCGAUGUUGCAAUGGUCAGAACUGAGUGACUUGGUAAACUAAGGAUUCCCAGAAUGAAUUUCAUUGGUCAAUUCUUGUUCCAAUCGAAUAUAUUCUAUCCUAAUUUCCUUGAAACAGCUCUUGGUUGUGCUUUUUCAUAACUGCCCACGGCCAGGAGAAAUGAUUGCAUUUAUUAUUCAUUCAAAAUAUUUCUCCUUUCUGGAUUAUCUCAAAUUGCCUGGCGAAUUCUUUAUAACCAGUAGGCAUUGACCAAACUUGGAAGAUGUUUGUUGGUAUCAAUACAAUUGAAACCAUACCUAGACAUAGUAAUGAUAUCGAGAGAAAAUUACAAGGGACGCGCGACCCGGUGGACCAUCUGUUUUUGGCAGUGAAUAAUAGAGCUGGUGAAAAUGGCUAAACAUUUCACAGUUUAUGUGAAGACGAAUAGCCGAAGUACUGCUUCAAAAAUAUAGUAAAAAAAAAUAGACAAACUAACAAAAAUAUAAAUCAACGACUGAAAAUUGCCAUGGAAGAAUAUCUGAUAGAAUAUAAAACUUGCAUCCUUUCAUCUUCUGUAUUAACUGCCGAGGAACAGGCAAAUGUCGAUACAGGCCUAGGUUCACGGCAUGAUUUGAACUUAGAGAUAUAUUGAAUGAAUAUCAAAACAAUGAUGGUAUUUAGCUCAGUUAGUACCUUGCAAUAACGAAUUUUGAAGACCAAGGAAGGUGCCAUAAUUGCGGGUGACAAGAGGAGCCCGCAAUCCUAAACUCCAGGUUGUUAUUACGCAUGCUCCCCACGUAUUUAGCCAGUUUGGACUUCCACUAAGAAUGAAUGGAAUGCAUCGAACACAAUCUGUGAUCACGCGCGUUUGGACCUUCUAUCACUUGUAAUUUAAUCGCGCGUGUUUUGAUUAUCUAUCACGUAAACUUAAGUAAACACAGCGUUUGAGAAAAAGCGUUUUGAUCUUCGAUCGUUGUCGCCUGCGCACUUCGUAACCUUUGGUUAUUACUAGUUAUAUUCCAGAUUUCGCCCUAAAAAAUAACCUCGUUUACCACUAAACAUGAAACCUUUUGUUUUUGCUCGUUUAUCUUUUAGUAUUGCAUAUCGAAAACCCUCCAUUGUAUUUUGCUAAGAAGAUAAAAAAUGCCAACGAAACACAGCUACUUAGGUUGCUGGUUUCCAGAUCAGAGGUAAGUAACAUAGUAAGGGGUGGAACUGGAUCCACCGCUCUGAUAUGCACAUACUGGCAAAUAAACAAGGAAAAGCCAGAGCAAUCGGAUAGUCAGUUGCUUGUUAAAGCAUUUAACAAGAAAAAUUAAACUGAGGAACGUUGUUCCAAUACAUCAUAUUAAGAAUGAAAACCGUUAAGACUCAAAAUUGUUAAAAGGGUUGAAUUUUAUUUUUUCGGUCCUUAAAAGGUAUAGAAAUCUAUUUGAAUGCCUUGUCUACGAAUUGCUGUUUAUACAGGAACUCAAACCAUCAUUAAACGUGCAAUCAGACUCUAUUCGCGCGAAGCUUUUCUAUUAGGACAUAUGCGUAAUAAUCAGGCAUGCACGAAUGUCAUCUUAUUCAGUAAUCAAACUUGAACUCUUUCAACAACUUUGACCCUUAACGUUUUCAUCCGCCCGAUAAUGAUGUUAGAAACAUCGAAACGUCGAAUAACGUUCCUCAGUUUAAUUUUUCUUGAUUUUACAUUAAGGAACUUAUAAUUGCAUCCACCCUACAUUAGAGGCAAAACAAAUAAUCUGCACCAUCCCCACAGAAUUAGCUUAGCAAAUAUUCUAUGGGCUCAUUAAAAGAAAAUUGAGCAUGUCUUAAAAAAAUGGAAUAGCCAAUGACGUUUGAAUCCCUUUUUGAUUGAUUCUCUAUCACUAACAAAAGCAUAUGAGGGAAGGAAGAAGCGUGUCAAGGGUAUCGAUAGGAACAGAGAAAUUCAACCCUUCAAUGAUCGAUAAAUAGGUCGUUGUAAUUUAGUAUAAUAAACGCUUGUCUGGAAUUCAUUUAAAGCAUGUUAUAUCAAAUGCAUGAAUUUUUUUUUUUUCAUUGUUUGCUUUGAAAUGUUACUUUGCUUACUUCAAUACAAUCGAGAUUUGCAAUACAAGACAGGCCCCUCUUGAAAUAAGUAUACUUGAUUUUGAAUAGAAAUCAUUCAACAUGCAAUAAGAACAAAGAAUCAAGCUCGCCACCUGAGCACGCUGGCGCGACUGUCUUUCUUUAUCUUUUUUACAGAUUGACCUUUAUUACAUCAAGAAAGAGUACUUGAGAUGGUACUCGACACAACUCCAUGAGGCAAUUAAGAAACAGUGUGGUCGGAACUAUGCAAACCUGUUAACAGUGAUUCUAGAGUUACGAGGCCAGUACAGCGAGUCGGCAAAAAAGAGGUGAAAUCUAAGGCAUCUUCCUGGUUAUAAGGUAGUCACCAAAAACGGAGUACUCAAGAUUGCAAGUACCAGGAAAGUUAUCAGCUCAGGGUUCUUAUUUAUUCAGUGAAAGCCCACGAAGUUAUGACAAAUAGAAGUAAACUUAGAAACAGCGCUCUGUUAUUAGGACAUAGCAAUGGCUUCUUAAAGUCACAAGUGAGUUACUAGCAUACAUCUUGGUUUAACAAGAUCCUGGGCUUUUGGAGUAAAAAAGAGUCUAUGUAUAUUUAAUGGGAGGAAACCAAUGUAUAUCAUCAACAGGUGAUUGAAACACUCUUUCCACGUCAUGUAUUUAUUAACAUUUAAUGUCAUAAUGAUUCUAUGGUCUUUAUGAUAAACUAUAGGUGGAAAAUUAUCAGCAAAUUUGUGGUCUUGAUGAAUCCGAGCUAAAAAUAUGGACACUAUCUUUAUCGUCUAAGCAGCGGUAAGCGGUAUCUUUCUUUUGAAAGAAAAUAUAUAAAAAAAAUUAAUAUGAAUUCUAAAAAAAAUAACAGAGAA